AUGUUUUCAUUUUUAAAUUUCGGAUCAUCUUCAAAAUCAAUGAGUAAUCAACCUGAAACUCCUUUUGGUAAUCCAUUUAGGGAAAAGUAUUUCACUAAUUUAGAUUCUUCAGUAAUUCCAAUUAAUCAUGGAUCUUAUGGAUUAACACCAACACCAAUUCAUGAAAAAUAUCUUGAAAAUAUAACCAGAAAUGCAAAUUAUCCAGAUAAAUUUAUGAAAUUUGAGCAAAAGGAAUAUUAUAUCGAGUCUUUAAAAUUAUUAUCUCAGGUUUUGAAUUGUGAUUAUCAUGAUUUGGCAAUUGUAGAUAACGCAACAACGGGAGCGAAUACAAUAUUGAGAAGUUAUCCAUUCAAAAAAGGUGAUUUAAUUGUUAUUCUUAAUACAAUUUAUGGUGCUUGUGGAAACACGGUCAAAUUUUUAAAAGACAGAUAUGGUGUUGAUUUUAUCGUCAUUGAUGUAAAUUAUCCAACUACAGAUGAGGAAAUAUUACUGAAAUUUGAAAACGUAUUCAAAGAAAAGCAACCAACAUUGUGCAUUUUUGAUACUAUUACAUCCAUGCCUGGAAUUAUUUUCCCUUUUAAACAAAUGACGAAAUUGUGUAAAUCAUAUAACGUGAUUUCUUUAAUUGAUGGUGCUCAUGGAAUUGGUUGUAUUUCUCAAGACUUAAAAUCUUUAGAUCCCGAUUUUUAUGUUUCCAAUUUACAUAAAUGGUUCUUUCUCCCAUUUGGUUGUGCAGUAUUAUAUGUAAAUCAAAAGUAUCACAACAAAAUCCAUACGUUACCUAUUAGUCAUUCAUAUAUUUCAGACGAUACUAAAUUAAGUAAGAAAGAUCAAGAAAAUAGACUUAUUGAUCGCUUUUUCUUUAAUGGGACUAAAAAUUUUGCAUCAAUUCAAACUAUACCAUAUGCUAUCAAAUUUAGACAAGAAGUAUGUGGUGGAGAAUCAACUAUUUAUAAUUAUUGUAAUAGUUUAGCUAAGAAUGUUGCAAAAAUGGUAAGUGAGAAAUGGGGAAGUGCUAUUGUAUUAAAACCUAUUGCUACUACUAUGGUUACUAUUGUUAUUCCAAAUGAAUAUCCUGAAUUUAUUAAGAAUUGGUCUGAAUAUGAUAAUUUAGUAUAUGAAAAGAUGUUUGCUGCUAAGGCUUAUACACCAAUAGCAUCACAUAAUAAUCAAUUAAUAGCUAGAUUUUCAUGUCAGAUUUAUAACGAAUUGAAAGAUUAUGAAAUUGCAAGUGACGUAUUGAUUAAAUCAUUAGAAGAAGUCGCAAAAGAGCAAGGGUUGAAAAAGAAAUAG